CAGUUUCUGUUGAUGUCAACGGCGUUCGCGCGAAUUCACGCUUCUGUUUGAGAUUGUAAAGUUAUUUGUAGAGUUAUUUGUUAAAUAUGUUAUAAAUGAUGACAGAGCGAAAAAAGAAGAAGCUUCAGAGUGACGCUAAAGCGUCCAAGCAAAUGCGCAACUGGUUAAAUAAACCAAAAACAAAGAAAUGUAAGCCACCAAUCUCGUUUCAAACGUUCAGCAGAUUGGUGGAAAAUCUGCCGGACAUUGCGUUCCAGAUACAGAUCACCGAUAUUGCCGCACACAACAAGACACUGGAUGAGUGCGCUGAAUGGUUCUACAAUGCCUUUUACAGUGAUCCCUCAAUACGAUCGAAAUACGAAUUCAAAAUUAGAUCUUGCCCCUUGGCGAUCAAGGAAAAAUUGCUCGAAUUGCCUUCGGUUGGCUCAACUAAUGUGAUACGCAGUGACACUGAAUCGUCGCCAGGAAGUGACAAUGACAGACCACAGAUUGCGGAUGGAGUUGAAGUCUCAGUAUCCAGAUGUGGACGCUUCUUGUUUCCCGUAACGUUUUCUACUUUUGAGCAAUAUGUAAAUGAAAAGGUGCUCAAAUCCAUAGUAAACAAGCAGAUUGAGGAUGAGGAGCAGCGCAAAGUCGUUUUGGCCGACAAGACUAAAUGCCGCAAAAUAUUGCAGAAACAUUACAACUCAUUUUACAUGUUUCCGAGCAAGCGGAGGCUGGAUAGAUUCAGUUUUAAGAAGGCACCGCCGACACUGCAGGCGCAGUUGCUUAAACCAGGCAUUCCUCUGGACGAGACGGCUGUGAAGACAUUGGAAACGUUUUCAGAAAAAUCUGUCGGCGCUACAGAAUCAUCUAAAGGAGAUAAACUGCAAAACAGGCUUACUUAUCAAAUAGCUCCUUGUACAUCGGAAAUAAAGAAACCAUCACUUGCCCAGCCCAACCAGAAAGCUGUGAAGGCGUUGUUGGAAAUGGAAAAGCCAAGUCAGCAACUGACACAAUCACAACAACAUGAAACUAACCCGGUCACUCCAGCUGUAGACCAACGUAAAAUUGCAGAAGCCCCUCAAACGGAAUGUGCAGCACUGGUCCCUUUUGUUGAGGAUGCAACAAAUAAGGACAAACUGGCGAAAGAGCAGUCGAAAGAAGCACAACUUGUUUCAUUCGCCUUAUUUAAACGCUACAUAAAAAAUCUUGACAUUAUUGUGGAAGAAAUGCUGGUGUGUGAGGAGUACAAAGACAAAUCUAAAGAUGAAUGUGCCUUGGAAUACUUUAAAGCAUUUUACACAGCGCCCCAGAUACGUGAGAAAUUUGCAUUUGAGAUUAAGCCUUGUCCUGCCAGGAUGCGAGAGAAACUGCUAACUAUACCGGUGGAGCCAGAAGUUCAUAGAGAGUUCGAGGAGCAAACGGAGUCCGAAAAGCAUCUAGAGCCCAAUGAGCAACUAGAGCCCGUAGAGCAAUCAGAGCCCGAGGAGGAUCUAGUGCCCGAGGAGGAUCUAGUGCCCGAGGAGCAACUAGAGAAUGAGGAGCAACUAGAGAAUGAGGAGCAACUAGAGAAUGAGGAGCAACUAGAGAAUGAGAAGCAACUAGAGAAUGAGGAGCAACUAGAGCCCGUGGAGCAAUUAGAGACAGAGGAGGAACUAAUGACCGACGAGCAACUUGAGCCUGAGCAGCAAGCGGUUGAAGUUUUAGUAAACAAUUUUGGCCGCUUUUUGUUUCCUGUUGCGUUUACAACUUUUGAGCAAUAUAUCAAGGAUAACUUGCUCCAUUCCCUAGUACACAAACAAAUCAAGGAUAAGGCGAAGCGCAAAGUCUUUCUGGCCGACGAGAAUAAAUGCCGCAAAAUAUUGCACAAAUAUUACAACUAUUUUUACAUAUUUCCAAGCAAGCGGAAGCUGGAUAAAUUCGGUUUCAAAGAGGCACCGCCAACACUGCAGGCGCAGUUGCUUAAACCUGGCAUUCCUAUGGACGAAACGGCUGUGAAGACAUUGGAAACGAAUUUAGAACCAUCUGUCGACGCUACAAAAUCAUCUAAAGGAGAUAAACUGCAGGAAAGCAUAUCUUCAAUUGUGAGCUUUGCUGUUUUUGAAAAAUACAUCAUAAAUAUCUACGAUAUCGUCUUAAGAUUAAAGUUUGAUGAACCAGAAUAUACGUAUAAAGGAUUCGAAGACGCUGCCUUUUCUUAUUACGUGGCUUUCUAUUUAACACCUGAUAUUCGUCAUAGAUUUCCUUAUCAACUAGCACCUUGUACAUCGGCAAUGAAAAAACGCUUACUUGCCCUUCCCAGCCAAAAGGAUGUUAAGGCAUUGCUGCAAAUGGAAAAACUAAGUCAGCAACUGACACAAUCACAACCACAUGAAACUCACCCGGUCAGUUCAGUCGUGGACCAACGUAAAAUUGCAGAGGUUUCUGAAACGGAAUGUGAAAUACUAGAGGCUUUUGUUGAGGAUGCAACAAAUAAGCACACUCUGGAGAAAGAAAAGUCGCGAGAAGCACAACCCGUUUCAUUCGCCUUGUUUAAGAGCUACAUAAAAAACCUUGACAGGAUUGUGGAAGAAAUGUUGGUGUGUGGAGAGUACAAAGGCAAAUCUAAAGAUGAAUGCGCCUUGGAAUAUUUUGAAGCAUUUUACUCAGCGCCCCAUAUACGUGAGAAAUUUGCAUAUGAGAUUAAGCCUUGUCCGGCUCGGAUGCGUGAGAAACUGCUCGCAAUACCGGAGGAGACAGUUGUAUUUAGAACAAGUGGUGUACAGGAGCGAUCGGAGCCUGUAAGACAACCAGAGCCCAAGGUUCAUAGAGAGUUUGAGGAGCAAACGGAGUCUGAGGAACAACUACAUCCCGUGGAGCAAAUGGAGACAGAGCAGCAACUGCAGCUUGUGGAUCAAAUGGAGUCUGAGAAGGAUCUAGUGCCCGAGGAUCAAGCAGAGCUCGAGAAGCAAAUGGAGUCUGAGGAGCAACAAAUACCCGUGAGGCAACUAGAGCCCGAGAAGCAACUAGAGCAUGAAAUGCCCGAAGAACAAAUGCAGUUCGAGGAGCAAGCAGUGCCCGAGGAUCCUCUUCCAAAAGUAAAUACACCUCCGAUACUAGCUGUCGAUAUAGACAGCAAUUCCAGUGGCAACAAUGGCAACAACUUUGUUGUUAUAAGCGAGAGGAUUAUGAUUACUGUGCAAAAUAUCAGAUAUGAAUUUCCGGUAUCGAUCCAAACUUUCCAGCGCUUUAUUAAUUAUGAUACGUUAAAAGUUGAGCUAGCUAGAAGAUUUGCAAAGUCGAAGGAAAGAAAAGUCCAAAAAAUAUUGAAUGAUGAACGGAGUAAUUUUUUAUUACUGCGUCGCUUCUAUCACUCGUUUUACAUCGACGAGAGUGUGCGGAAAAAGUUUAACUAUAAUUUUGAUGCUGCACCAUUUGAGUGGCAACAGAAACUGCUUCAAUAUGCUGUUCCUUUAGUCGAACCGACACCUUCACAAUGUGAAAUCGGCGUCAUCUCGGAGGAAUAUCGGAAACGUAACCAGAAGGAAACUGCAGAACAUCCAGUGGUUCCAGAGCCACCAGAUGUUCCAGUGCCACCAGAUGUUCCAGUACUACCCCUUGUCCCAGUACCUCAAGCUCUUCCAGGACAAUCAGUUCCAGAUUAUCCCGUCACGUUUAGAUUCUUUUCGAAAAUAUUAAAUUUGGAUGAUAUUGUCAAGCAAAUGCAACAGGAGACGAAGUAUGCUAAGAUGUCAGCCAAUGAGUGCAAGUUGGCCUACUACGAAGCGUUCUAUCGGUCUCCCGAUAUACGCGAAAAGUAUAUGUUUAUCAUACAACCAUGUCCAGCGGUUUUGCGAGCCAAAAUUCUUGAGAUACCACUAAUAUCUGAUUACAACAGCAGCAAUUGCUCUUCACCACACUCUGGGUGCGGUCUAAAUCUAAAUCUAAAUCUGGCUGAUCUGUAUAAAAGCAGAGCAGCAAAACUAUCUAGAAUGGAAUUCGAUGAGGAGUAUACGCCGCACAACUUGAGUUCUUACAUAUCACUACGAGUGCACGAUCCACAGAAACGUUCUUUGCUGGAAGAUCACUUCUUUAGUCGAAAGAGGGCUAGAAAAGGCACAUAUUCUAAAGAGACAGCAUCGAUAUCUGAUGGAAAUACCGUCACAUCUAAAGUUGCGACAAUAAAUCCAGAACGAGGAGCUACAGCGAAUGUUUUUUCAGCCAGUAGUCCCUUGGAUGUCAUAGAAUCAACAGCUUCUAAAGACACAGCAGCAAUAUCUAAAGGAAACAUAGCAACAUUUGAAGUUACGUCAACAAAUUUAGAACGAGAAACAAUUUCAAAAGAUACAGCGACUGUAGUUGCAGCAACUGUUGAUAAGACUUGUUCCUUGGAUGUCGUAGAAAGAACUACUAAGGCAGCAAUAACUGAAGAAAAUACAGUAACUCCUAAGGUCACGACAGCAACUGCAGAGCGAGAAGCUACAGCGACUGUAGUUACAGUAACUAAGGAUAAGACUAAUAUCGUAGAAACAGCAACAGCACCGAAAAUGGUACAAAAACCAAGCUUAAUCAGUGAAGUUACUAAACCCGCAAAUAGAGUGGCAACUGUAGUUGUCGAGGCAACCAAAGCUGCUACACCGCCGGCUCCUACAGUUAUUUCCAGCACACAAAAGAGUCUGAUUUCUGGCUCCACUUCUUCCGAAUUUAAUCCGGAGAUAAGAGCAACUGUAUCAGCGGGUGGGGCAGGAGGAGCUGAUUUGACCGAAGCGCCUCAGACUUUUAAAAUCUCUUUUGUCUUCUCACGGCCACCAUCUCCCACACUCGCAAUGCUGACCAAGGAUUUCUUCACUCCCAAUGAAAAGGAGCACAACUUGAAAUACUUAAUAUACACUAGUCAUGGACUCAAGAAGACCAUUUGGCGUAUACUCUCGCAGUUGAGCCUACCCGAGUUUAAAACGUAUACGAGCAUUUAUAAGGGCGAAUCUUUGUACGAAGAUGACAGUGCUUUGAGCCAUAUCUAUUACCAUGUGAUUGCCAAAGGAAAUUGGAAUAUUAAUUUAUAUGUGAAAUUGUCAAUGCUAAGUAAUCUGUUGCAUAGCAAAGGUGUAUAUAUCGAUGAAUUGGAUUUGGGUCAAUUUUCACCCAAGAUUUUUGGUUGGCAUGAACUUACUACCUUUUCUAACUUCAACGACAUUGUUGAGUGUGUGCUUGGCAUUCGCAAUCUAGAUAAUGUCCAUUUAUCGGAGGCUGAGAAGUUCUACGUGCAGUGCUGGACACACGAUCGGUGGAUUCUGGAAGUUCCGCGUAUCAAAGUUGAAGAACUAACCAAAUUAGUUAAACGAAAUGACAGUGUGGCAACCAACAUAAGAAUGCUCCCAUCUUCAAUUCCAGUCUGCCUGUUUGAAUACAAUGCAAAUGCGGCCGAUGUUUCCAUCGAGAUUCCACAUGAGGAUGUAGUUAUGACUGAACCGGAUGUUAACGAUCUCGCAGACGAACAACAGGAUUUUAAUUGUCCACCCACACAACUGGAAUCUUCCCUCGAUCCACACAGUUUCGUGGACAUAGAAAAUGUCUGUCCUGCUUCUCAGGCGGCUGAGAGUCAAAAUGAUCCACUACUGCAGAGUAGCUUAGCUGUUCCAGAUGAACCAGUUCAAGUCAAGCAGGAGCCGAUUAAAUUCCUAACAAGGAUACGAUUUUCCAUUAAUGGCGUACAGAGUGGCGACUUCAUCUGUGAACCCAUUACAACAGAGGAAAAAAUUAUCAAUCUUGAUAAUGAUGAAGAUGAACAGGUUGCAGAGGAGUUGGCACCUGAACCCAACUCAACGGAGGAACAAAUGAUUAACCUUAGUAAUGGGAUAGAUGAGCCGAGUGCACCUAAUGUAAGAUUCCCAACUCCAUCGGCUAGCGCUAGCGAUGAUGAUGACUCUGAGGACAUACUCGCUGAAGUGAUGUAUGAGGAGCAAAUGGCUGCCGCCAAUGAAUCGAGAUUUUUAGAGGUGCCACAGGAGAUUCAAGCUCAAGCUGUUGAAGGAAAUUCUGCUGAGAUUCAAAAUGGUCACCUUUUGCAGAGCGACCAAUAUGUUCCAGUUGAGACAGUUCAAGUCAAGCAGGAGCCUGUUAAACUCCUCACAAAUAUGCGUUUUUGCAUCAAUAGUGAACAGAGCGACGAGUUCAUCUGUGAACCCAUCACAACUGAGGAGCAAAUCAUCAAUCUUGAUACUGAAGAAGAUGAACAGAUUGCAAAGGAUUUGGCAUGUUUUAAUAUAACCCAAUCUAGUGUUACAUCUGCAAUUUCAUUGCCUAGCUCUUUGGAAUUAGACAAUUCUAACGACCUAGUCAAAGAGGCAAAGGAUAAUGCGCCACAAGUGAUUCCAGUUGAAACCGCAUCCACAGAAGCGAUUCAAGUUGAAAUUAAACCAAAUUCCAUUGCUGUCCUGCCAGUUGCAGCUCCUGCAAGAUCCGCUAUAGCUAAAAAGCAAAAUCGAGGAACAACCUCAACAGUGAACUGCAAAAGGCCUCGUCUAAUGGCAGACAAUGUACCGCAGUUGAGGCAUGACUUCCGUCCCUUACCGCUCACUGCCAUGGUUCGCAUCGAGGAGAAUUGGAAUUCAAACGAUGCUCCAGAGUCAGAGUUACCUACCACAUCCAGCCAAGGACAGCAACCUGGCCAGAUGACAGCAUCCCAGACCCUUGCUCUUGCCACAGACAACACAUUGAUGGAAUCGUCCCAACUGCAGCACUUGCUGGAUGCUCCUUAUGUCAACCAGCGACAGAGGCGUCAUUGAGAGGUUAAUCCGUAUUUAUUUAUAUUGUUUAUUUAUAUCUGCUGUUAUACAGUUUGAGCUACUUUUGAGUUAUUUACAAAUAAAACUUUGAUGUUAAAAUAUAUAGUUUUGUUAAUCAG